CAUCCCUGAAGGAGGAGCGGGUCUGACUCGGGAUAUUUCCCCAGUCCUGAGUUCUUUCUUCUUUUCCAGGCUAAAAUGGGAAUUUGCGGUUUUGCGCUUUGUUUAGCAAUCACUACAUGUUUGUGGAGGGCAUCCAUUCAAGGAGAGCAUCAGAGGAGGCUGUAUCGAGACCUCAUGAAAGAUUACAACCCUCUAGAGAGACCUGUGUUUAAUGACACCCAGUCGCUGACCGUAAACUUCAGCUUCAGCUUGAUGCAGAUCAUGGACGUGGAUGAGAAGAAUCAAGUUCUCACAACGAACAUAUGGCUACAGCUGUACUGGUUCGAUCAUUACCUUAAAUGGAAUGUCUCCGAAUAUCCCGGUGUGACGAGCGUCCGAUUUCCUGAUAGCCAGAUUUGGAAGCCUGACAUUUUGCUUUAUAACAGUGCUGAUGAGCGAUUUGAUGCCACCUUUCACACCAACGUGCUAGUCAGCUCCAACGGCGCCUGCCAAUACUUACCACCAGGUAUCUUUAAAAGCACAUGUCACAUCGACGUGCGGUGGUUUCCCUUCGAUGUUCAGCGGUGUGACCUGAAGUUCGGCUCAUGGACGUACGGUGGCUGGUCGCUGGACCUGCAGAUGAUUGAGGCUGAUAUCACAGGCUAUAUAGCCAAUGGAGAAUGGGACCUUGUAGAGGUUCCAGGUCACAGGAAUGAAAGGUUCUAUGACUGCUGUAAAGAACCGUACCCGGAUGUGACGUUCACAGUGGUGAUGCGGAGACGGACGCUGUACUACGGUCUAAACCUGCUCAUUCCAUGUGUCCUCAUCUCCACACUGGCUCUGCUCGUCUUCCUCCUGCCUGCAGAUUCAGGCGAGAAGAUCUCCCUCGGAAUCACAGUUUUGCUCUCACUGACUGUCUUCAUGCUCCUGGUUGCCGAAAUCAUGCCUGCGACGUCAGACUCAGUGCCUUUAAUCGCUCAGUAUUUUGCCACUACCAUGGUUAUCGUCGGGUUGUCGGUGAUAGCCACAGUUUGGGUCCUACAGUAUCACUACCAUGAUCCCGAUGGAGGAAAAAUGCCAAGAUGGACACGUGUGGUGCUGGUGAACUGGUGUGCAUGGUUCUUGCGGAUGAAAAGGCCGGGCGAGGAGCGAGUGCGCUCAGCGUGCCACGACAAGCGUCCACGCAGCAGCGUCUCCAGCGUGGAACCGACCAAUGGAAACGUUCUCUACAUGGGCCUGCGUGGUAUGGAGAGCCUGCCCUGUGCCACGUCGCCCGACUCAGGGGUGGUGUGUGCCCGUCUCAUGGGGACGUCCGAAGAGGCUCCGUCAGUGAGCAGCGGGCAGGGAGACACGGAGCUGUCCAAGAUCCUGGACGAGGUGCGCUAUAUUGCCAAGAGGUUCCACGACCAGGAUGAAGAGGAGUCUUUGUGUAGCGAGUGGAAGUUUGCUGCCUCGGUUAUCGACCGCUUGUGUCUCAUGGCCUUUUCCAUGUUCACUGUCCUCUGCACCAUCGGCAUCCUCAUGUCAGCUCCUAAUUUCGUCGAAGCCAUUUCCAAAGACUUCUUCACUUAAACGUUGUGUGUGUAGCUUUUCCUGCAGCUUUUCAGAGUUUACUGCAGAGUCAGAGGUGUAGUUCAGAUUGAAAUAAAAUGAAAUGUACACAUUUUUUCCUUAAAUAAAUAGAAACUAAAUCAAUUAGGACAUAGAUUCUCGAUUCUCAAUUUGGUCUCCAAGACAAAACUAAAUAAGCAAACUUUAGACCUCAAUCUUUGUGUAAAUUUCAUUUUUUUUAGCUGAACUGUUUAAAGCAAGCGAGUAAUAAAGGGUAGAAAUGACUUGCAGUACUGACAGUUGUCUGGUGUUUUGUAGUUAAAAUACAAUUCAUUUCUGUUAUUACUCUCAGUUUAUAAGUGAAAGUGAUCUAAAUGUGCAGCAUAUUCAUAACUAUUCAUAUAAUCAAUUAUAAUCAUAAUAGCCUUCACACAGUAGCUGGACUGUAACCUGAUACACACUGGUAACGCUCUGCUUUUGUUUUGUUUUUUUUUAUUUCUCUUCAUUUACAUGACAAAGUAAAGAAAUCAGCAAUAUUUCAAUGUAUUUCCAUGUAUCAGAGUGAGCACUGUGACCUUGUAUCUGGUGGGGAUGAUAUGUCCAGUUUCACACGUUUUCAACCUUAACGCCAGCGAACACUGCUAUAAGCAGCUAUAAGUCAUCAUUAAGCUGCAUAGGUCUGAGAUUCCUUUUUUUUUUAAUUUUCUUCAAAGUUGCCUUUAUGAUGUAGAGUGACAAAUAAAGAUAUUUUUCUAUAUCUUAGAAAAAUAAAGAGUGCCCAUGGUCAUGCUUUUCUUUAGAAUGAUACAAGGAUAGAAAGCUGAAGAAUGGUAACAUGGAUGUGAGAGGAAAUGUACUACAAGUGAUAGACACAAUACACACUUCCUUUUGAUAACCUUUUACAGUUAUCUACCAACAUGGGACCAACUGCUGCUGGAAAGUUCGACUUGUAUUCGGUGUAGAGUUUGGUUUUACUUCGGCUUCAGGUGAAUUCCACACAAAAAAGAUUAUUCAAAGGAGGUUCCUUAAUCUAAUAACUAUGCAAGAGAAAUCAUGAUCACAUGUAGUUUAUAGGUCUUAUUAUGUAGUGAUAAUACAAACUAAAUUGUUUCCACAAUGUGCAUUAUGUAAGAAAUAAAAGAAAAAUUAAAUAAUCA